UUAUUACUUUUUAUGAUAAUAAUAAUACUUAUUGUUAUUAUUAUUAUAACAUUGAUAUGUUGAUAAAGAGCUUUUAGUUUGCAGGAUUUGAAAAUGGUUCAAUUCUUUUUGGUAUUUGGAUUUAUUAAUUUGACAUCUCUAUUGUUCAAUGCACUAGUAUUUCAUGUUAUUUAUAAACAAGUUGAUAAAUCUAAGUUCCCAACAAUAUACAUAUAUAACACGAUAAUUGCAAAUUCAAUGGACACUUUUCUUAUUUUGAUAACAUUUAUAAUACCUAUUGUCUUGGACGAUAAAGUCUACUUUGAAUUUCGCCGAUUUGCCGGUUCCUCCUUGACAAUAGUUGGUACAUUUUUCUAUGAGCACAUAUUCUACCUAACUAUUCUUAUGACACUACAACGUGCUCAUUCGAUAAAACGUCCAGCGAGCAAACUGGUCACGGAUCGAAGAGUGUGGCUGGUUUGUAGCGGUUUUGGGGUAAUCUCACUUAUUAUAUUGAUAAUUCCUUUUUUAUCAAGUUGCCCUGUCAACAUCAACCAACGAAAUCUAAGCUUUCAAGGUGACUGUCACGAAGAAAUACAUCCGAUAACCGCAAUUCAAAAUAAUUAUUUAAUUUUGAUACCUGUUAUAACCAUGUCAAUUAACGCUAUUGUACUUUUAUAUUUAGCAGCUAAGCGUGGAGAAGCUCUGAGAAGGAGGAGGCUUAAUAUAGUCUCAAUUUCAUCUACAUCCAAUGUGCAUCAACUCCCACCACUAGCAACCCGGUCAAAAAGCCGGCAAAGUUUCGAUCGGUGCCUAUUGCUACAUUCAACUAUUACAACCUCGUUUCUAUUCUUGUAUGAACUUACAGGGCUUCUUUUGAGAGUUUUCGUGAAAGACUUUCUGGCUUUAUCCGAAACUGUUCGCCGGUUCAUAUUUUAUUCAAGAGUGUCCACGAUUUCGCUGCUCUGCUUUUUGCUGUAUUUUGUUGGAACUCCGGCGAUACGAAAACUGAUUUUACAAAAAGUAUUGAACUUAUUGAAAGGAAAAGCUGGUCAUCGAACUCCUACUACUACAACUGUACUUGUUUGAUUCAUUGUAAUUGCAAUAAAAAUA